CUCCUCACCUGGGGCCAGCCGCGUCACCUGGGGCCUGAGAAGUGUGUCUGGGGACCCAGGAGUGCGCAUUCCCCGCCCCCCGUGCCCGAGGCCGUUGGCGCCGAAACCCGCGGUUUAAGUUAGGAGAAGGAAGGUGGGCAUUACCUGGUCUCUAGGGCAGAACUGCCAGAAGGAAGAAGUACAAAAGACAGUUUUCUCUGGCCUGAUCUCCGCCAGUUUCUGUGUUUCCAGUGAAUUAGUAACGUGAGCAUCUGACUUGACCGGCUUCAGUCGAGACCUCGCAAUAGACGGGGACUGGAGGGCCUCUGCAGGUCGCUUCCUAAUUUGAGGGGCCUCCGUCGUGGAAACGACAGUUCCCUCAGUCGUGGCCUGUUUCAACCGCUCGGAUUAACAGUCUGACAGCUGCAGGCAGGUUACAGAAGGUACAGCAUUUCAGAGGGGUCCUGUUACCCCUCACACACGUCUCCCAGGUGUUGAUGCCAGCGGAGUUUUGAAGCUUGGGAACCUGUGUGUCCAUCCUUUGGAAACACUCAAGCGUUGCGGUGCUGACGGCGGAUGACAGUCUGGGAGGCGGGUGCGCAGAAUGGCUGGGAGGAGGCCGGUGGGCCUGGGUGGGCAGCGCCAGCUCCUGGGGCUGCUGCUGGUGGUGGCUGCCGUCCACCUGGCCGCCUGCCCCUACACCAAGGUGGAGGAGAGCUUCAACCUGCAGGCCGUGCAUGACCUGCUGUACCACCGGCUGGAUGUGGAGAAGUUUGACCACCUCGAGUUCCCCGGCGUGGUCCCCAGGACGUUCCUCGGGCCACUGCUGAUUGCUGCACUGUCCAGCCCCGUGGUCUGCGCGCUCUCGCUGUUGGAGACGUCCAAGUUCUACUCUCAGCUCGUAGUCAGGGCCGUCCUGGGACUUGGCGUGAUUCUUGGACUCUGGACGUUACAAAAAGAAGUGAGGCGGCAGUUUGGGGCCACGGUGGCCACCCUGUUCUGCUGGGUGACGGCCUCACAGUUCCACCUGAUGUUCUACUGCACGCGGACGCUCCCCAACGUGCUGGCCCUGCCCGUGGUGCUGCUGGCGCUGGCGGCCUGGCUGCAGCAGAGGUGGGCCCGCUUCAUCUGGCUCUCGGCCUUCGUCAUCCUGGUCUUCAGGGCCGAGCUGAGCCUGCUCCUGGGCCUGGCGCUGCUGUUGCCACUCUGCUGGCGGAAGCUCUCGCUGCCCCGGGCCCUGCGCUGUGCCGUGCCAGCCGGGAUCCUCUGCCUGGGACUGACAGUGGCUGUGGACUCCUAUUUCUGGCGCUACCUCGUGUGGCCAGAAGGGAAGGUGCUCUGGUACAACACCGUCCUGAACAAGAGUUCCCACUGGGGCACCUCGCCACUGCUCUGGUACUUCUAUUCAGCGCUGCCGCGCGGGCUGGGCUGCAGCCUGCUGUUCGUGCCGCUGGGGGCGGUGGACAGGCGGGCCCUGGUGCUGCUGCUGCCCGCGCUGGGCUUCGUGGCCCUGUACUCACUGCUGCCGCACAAGGAGCUGCGCUUCAUCAUCUACGCCUUCCCGCUGCUCAACAUCGUGGCCGCCAGGGGCUGUGCCCGCGUGCUGAACAGUCACAGGACAUCCUGGCUGCACAGAGUGGGGUCCCUCCUGGUGAUGGGGCACCUCGUGGUGAACGCCGCAUACUCGGCCAUGGGCCUGUAUGUGUCCCACUUCAACUACCCCGGCGGCGUGGCGAUGCAGAGGCUCCACCAGCUGGUGCCUGCCCGCGCAGAUGUCGUCCUGCACAUCGACGUGGCCGCUGCCCAGACAGGCGUGUCCCGCUUCCUGGAGGUCAACAGCGCCUGGAGGUACGAGAAGACGGAGGAUUUGCAGCCGGGCUCGGCGCGCAUGCUGGCCUACACACACCUGCUCAUGGAGGCCGCUCCCGGGUCCCUGGAGCUCUACCGGGACACGCACCGCGUCCUGGCCCACGUCCCAGGCACCACUGGACUGAGUGUGAAUCUGAGCAGGCUGCCUCCCUUUAACGUGAACCUACAGACCAAACUUGUGCUUUUAGAGCGGCUCCGCGGGCCUCCCUGAGCGGGGGUGGGGCCCCCAGGGAUGUGGGUGCCCGCCAGCUCCCUCCAGUCGAGCCGGGAAACGACCAAGGACAGCGGCUGCCCAUCCCUGGCCGCGCCUGGGUCCCCGUGGCCGUGUCGCCUGCAGCCUGCAGUAAUGAGGGUGACCACUCUCCAGGCCACGGGCCUCGCCCUGAGGAGCUGCUCUGGGGCAACAGGCGGUGGCCUCUUGGUGCCUGGCAGCGCCCCUGGGCGGUGGAAACCCGAGGGCCAGCGUGUGCUGGGCACACCCCACUGCACCCAGCCCUGCGGGGCGGGGCCUCCCCUGUGGUCACGGGCACACUGUUUCAGAAGAGGUUUCAGGAGAUAAACAUGUUCAGAAAGAAUGAGCAACAUCGCACAUCGUCUUAUCACUGGUUCUCUGCGACACCUGGCAGGCAGGCGUCACUGGCUCAAGUGAGUUUGGCUCUUCCCGCUUCCUGCACUGUGUCCACCGAGCUCCCGACAUGUGUCCGGCCCCACCAGGCCCUGGUGAGGAUGCGGAGAACUGCGCGUGCUUUUCACGUGUGUACACACUGUACAUCCACACACACACUACAUGCCUGCGCACAGAGACACGGAAUCUUCAGACAGUCCAGAGUGAGUCACCGACGGCCUGGCCUCCACCCCGAGCGUCUGUGUCCCAGGAAGUGCCGGGGGGGGCUUCCCCACCUUCAGGGACUGCCUCUGCACUGAAGCUGACAGUCUGCAGCACCUGCCCACAGGGAGACCCUGCCCCCCCCUCGCCCCCCCAGAGCAGCGCCCCCUGGGAUCCUGCUGCAGCCGGUCUGUGGCACCUUCACGCCCACCACUCCCCCUUCCCAGGCACCCACUUCCCGGCGUGUGGUACUCAGUUGCCAGUAGCAGGUCUGCCUUUGCAUGUGGCCCCCGAUGGAUGCCGCCGGGCUGGCUGGGUUGUGAACAGCC